CUCCGAUUGCUCUACCUGAGAUGUAAUCUUUUUUUCCUGCUUUGAUGUUUGUUCAGGACGUUUCAUUGUCGCUUGUCCAGGAGUUAUCUAAUCUUGGUCUUAUUCCUGUUCGCCAGCAUAUUAAGGAUAUCACAUCAACGACUCAAGCAGGCAGCUGAGGAGAUUGACCCGCACCGAGAGAAGGAGCGACACCACCCCCGCACCACCUCCUCCUCCUCCUCCUCUUUGCAAUCGAGACGGAGUAGAGGACAGCUAGCCAUCAUGGAUGGCUUCUACGACCAGCAGGUCCCUCUGAUGACCUCACAGAACAACUCUCAAGUGCAGAACUCCGAGAUCCGUCCACGUGUCGACCGGAAAAGGAAGUUUGCGGACUCCGAGCUUGACCAGGACACUGAAGAUCUGUUUCAGGACCUGAGUCAGCUUCAAGAGAUCUGGAUUGCAGAAGCUCAAGUUCCUGAUGACGAACAGUUUGUCCCAGAUUUCCAGUCGGACAACUUGAUCUUCCAUGGGGGGCCCCAGACCAAGGUGAAGAGAGAGCAGAGUCCCAACAGAGAACUGUCCCCCUGCAGCCAAGCCCGCAGGCUGUCCCCCUACGGGGAGAAGUGCCUUUACAACUACAGUGCCUACGGCAGGAAGCCCAACACCUUCAACAAGCCUUUGACUCCUCCCUCAACUCCAGUCUCGCCAUGUGGCUCCUCCCACACACCAGUGCCCACACACCCACUCCAGAGACAAACUCCGCCUUCACAUCACAUGCCACACCCACUCCAGAAACAGGCCCCGCCUUCACAUCACAUGCCACACCCGCUCCAGAAACAGGCCCUGCCUUCACAUCACAUGCCCCACCCACUCCAGAAACAGGCCCCGCCUUCACAUCACAUGCAGCCCCACAGACCUAUGAUGGCACACCAGGGACAUGUCCAUCAACAGCAGCACCAGCAGAGGACACACCCACUCCAGCAGAGGACACACCCACUCCAUGGCCAAAGCCCGCCCUUUGCUGUGCCCCACCCACCCAUGAAUCACCAUGACGCUUCAUACAGCGCAGAACACAGGUUCCAGAGGCAACUGUCAGAGCCCUGUCGGCCGUUGCCCCCCCAGGACCCCUCCUGCCGGACCCCCUUCCCCCCCCACUCUGUCGGGGGUGUCCCGUGCGACCCCCACGCGCGGCCGCCCUACCAGCGUCAGAUGUCGGAGCCUGUGGCCCCCGCUGCCCCCCCCCAGGCCUUCAAGCAGGAGCUGGUGGACCCGCGCUACGGGGAGCAGGCGGUGGCCCCCCCGGCCCUCGGAGGAGUGCCCCCCCACAUGCGCCCCCCGCCCUUCCGCCAGGUGUCCAUCAAGCAGGAGCCGCGCGACUUUGGGUUUGACACAGAGGUGCCAAACUGCCAGUCAUCAUUUGUCAAGUCGGCAAACCUUUACAGGAGCAACAGUGAAGGUUUCAUGUUCGAUGGAGACUCUCACCUGUACUACGACGAUACCUGUGUGGUCCCAGACAGAAUUGAUGGCAAGAUCAAGCAGGAGGGCGGCGUGUUCCGGGACGGCCCCCCCUACCAGCGCCGCGGGUCGCUCCAGCUGUGGCAGUUCCUGGUCACGCUGCUGGACGACCCGGCCAACGGCCACUUCAUCAUGUGGACCGGACGCGGCCUGGAGUUCAAGCUCAUCGAGCCCGAGGAGGUGGCUCGUCGGUGGGGCAUCCAGAAGAAUCGUCCGGCUAUGAACUACGACAAGCUGUCGCGGUCCCUGCGUUACUACUACGAGAAGGGCAUCAUGCAGAAGGUAAAGGUGGCGGGCGAGCGGUACGUCUAUAAGUUUGUGUGCGACCCCGAGGCCCUCUUCUCCAUGGCCUUCCCCGACAACCAGCGCCCGAGCCUGAAGGCCGACGCCGAGGGCCUGGCCGUGCCCGAGGACGACACCCUGCCCCUGUCCCACUACGAGGAGCCCGGCAGCGGGCACUACGUCAGCGUGCCCGACACCAGGGACCAGUGCCUGCCCACCGGGAUGCCCCUCCCCGACGUCUACGCCUUCUAGAGUGGGCAGAGGAGAGGAGAGGAGAGGGGAGGGAGACAAGCAAUGAAUGGACAACUGAAUGAACACUCAAACUCCAAACAAAAUGUUUAUCGCUCGAAACCUCCCAAAAAAAACAUGUGCAACACACACACACACACACGCACACACGCACAUUGUCAACACCGCUGAGCGGUGUAGAGAUCACUCAUACACUCUGUCAAACACACACACUCACACACACACACAGGGGCAUUGCAAGACUGUGACCCUCAGACAAAGGCAGCUCGGAAGCGGCCCGAUGAAAUCAGGCCGACUUUCCCGCCCUGGACCAACGUUCUGUCUCUGUUUGGAUUCCGAUGUCCGAGUUCCUGCUUCAUGGCCUGCCCAUAUUUGGGACUCGCACGCCACAGAUAUAUCUUGUUCGUUUCCACUUUAUUUUUCUAACUGUUUUAAGCUAAAGGGACCCCUCACAGUAUUUUCCAGAGAGUUAAAACAAGAAAGUGUUUGGAUUUUAUAUAUAGGUAUAUAUAAAUGUCAUAUUUUCAGGAAUGCAGACGGUUAUUUUGUGACUGUUUGGGUUUUCUUGUAUCUUCUCUUUGUGUUUUGAUUCUGGCUGUUGGCAUGGACCACAGCUGGUCUCCAUGACGACAAAAGUGUUUAUGCUAAAACACGACGACAAACCGUCGCUUUCGACCGGUGACCACGCAGGUGUUUAUUUCCGCUGUAACGUUUCUCUGCUUCGAUUUUUUUCUACAUAGACUUACAGUCAUUUUUAAUUUGGGGGAAGGGGACAGUUUGCUUGAGACAGAGGGUUUAAAAGACUUUUAAAAAAAUCUACAAAUAUAUAUAUAUGAAUAUAUUUUUGCAAAGUCUUAAUUUUUGUCUGUAAUUGUAUACGCUGUUAAACAGAUGCAUAUUCUGAAGUCUGUGUUCAUGUGUAGCAGGGGCCAAAUGUUUUCCAAGUGAGCAGGGGCAGUAGUGGGCGGGGCUACACACCAGAGGGGAGUGGCUCAAAGAUUCUAGAACACAGCUCUGUUCUAGAAUCUUUGGUGUGGCUUCCACACAGGUUGACUCUGGUUGGCUCAAUGGCACUUAAGUGACACCAGUGAAGAAACAGCGGCGUGGAUGACGGCAGAUCCGCUCCAGACUGCCGUCAUCUCGUUAAACCUGUUGACCUGGGGGCCAGGGGUCAGUGUGGGCGGUAGUCAUGGGAACAGACUGGGUCCUGUCGUAGUCAUGGUUACAGCUUGGGCCCCGACUUCAGUCUAGGGCUUGGGCCCUGGCUCUCCCCCACGGCCUCCUCAAGGUCUCUGCUGUUUUCUGAAUCUGUACUGAGUACAAUAAACUUCCCUCUACGCUA